AUGCCGUCAGGACGACAAAGGACUUCAGCGAAUGCUCUUGACACAUCUGCUGUGACGUUGAACGAAAAAAUCCUGAAAGAAUGCCAUGAUUUGUACACGGAGAAGGAGAGGGGUAAAGUAUCUGCCAAAGUGGCCGAGUGUUUGUGGUGUCGACGUGGACAAGUCCAGCUGGAAUUUAUUUUCGAGGAAACCCAUGAAACGAUGGUCACGAUUUUUGUUACUACUGUUUCUUAGGUCUUAUCACUAUUGCGAGUGGCUUGGGAUUAAAUUUACUGGCUCCAAGAAAGAAGAUUACAAUCUUGCUACUUGGAAACCAUUCUGCAGGGAAAAGUUCUUUUAUCAAUUGGUACGUAACUCAGCAAUUUAUUUCAAGAUUGAAGUAUCAAUUCAUGCUCUGUCUGCUAUACAUUUCUUAUAAUUUUAGCAUAAAAAUUUGGUGUAAAAUCGAACAGUUGCAUAGCUGAUGGUUUUUCUUCUUAUUACCGUUCUGCUAGAUAAAUGUGUUCAUGUCGCAAGGGGAAACUCUUUUUGAUAAUUCCUGUCUCCAUUGAAAAGAAGUGGAGAUCAUGGACGAUCUGUAUUCAUUUUCACUCUCAACUUGAUUCUGGCAACCUCCAUUAAGGGUCAUGUUAAAAUGAAAUUAAUUAAAUUAAGUUAGAUUUCAGUCCCUUAUCAGCCAUUUGGAUAUAUGUUUGCUUCUUAAACAAGUGAUUGCAAAGAGUAAUGUUCAAUCUCACAAAAUGAAAACAAACUCAAUAACUUCAAUUAUAAAUUCAAUUUAUAAUUAAGACAACUGAAAAACAUAGAAAAGAGAUGAGGCAGAAAACUUUAAAACAACAACUUUGUUAUAGUGCUUACAGAAAGAUUGGCUGAUUGAUUGAAUGAUACAUUGAAAGGUCUAGUUAAGAUUCAUUGGAGGGUUCAUUUUGUUCAUAAAACCAGGUACGUAGAAGAGCAUGUGCAGAAGACUGGUGUUGCGAUAGAGACCCAAGGAUUUACUUUUGUUACAAGUGGAAAGAAACGAGAAUCACUAACAGUAAGUUGACUUUUUCAAAUUAAAUUGUUUCUUUGUUGCCAUUGCUAAGUUUGUUUUUGGUGUAAUAUUUGAUGCAUUAGUUUCUAUUUAAGUAUCAGUCUAUCUUUAUAAAUUUUGUAAUCAAGUACAAUAUUUUUGUCAUAAACAGGGAAAUGCCACAUUGCAUCUGUAUCCUCACUUCAAGUCAUUGCAGGAUCUUGAAGGUAAUAGUGCAACACCAUUUUAUUUAUUCUGAUCAGUGACUACACAUUUUUAAUUUCUGUUACCUUGAGAAAACAUGGCUUAGUUUGAGUGCUUACAAAAUAGUUCAAAUUAAAGGAGAUGUUGUAGAAUGGAAGCAUUUUCUGUCCAGGAAAAUGAUAAUUAGUGAUGUCAGGAGCAUGCAAUUUGUUUCAAGCUCAGAAAUGGUGCCUGCCUAUGAAAUAUUUCAAAAGGAUAAAAAAAUUAACUUAAUUUUAAAAAUUUGCAAAAUAGAUAAUGCAUUUCAAUCAGCUUUUUGUUAAACAGUCUUCACUUCUUGUGUUUUGAUUGGUAUCUUUCUCAACAGGUGUUGUAGAUUACUUGACAACUGAAAUUUCUACAUCAAAGCAGAAGAAAUUUAGCCUCGUGACUUUUGUUGAUACUCCUGGCCUUGUUGAUGGGGACAUGAAGUAUGCAUUUGAUGUGGAUGAGUCUAUCCUUUGGUUGGGUGAGUUUUGAAUCCAUGCCGACUUUAAGAUCUUAACACCAGGUGUUUUAGCAGAUUUUUCAGAUAUUCUUGUUACUUGCCUUUACAAAUCUAUUGAUCUUUUCAUCUUUUGUAAAAAAAAAAGCACUGCAGUUACAUGUAAUUGGACAAAAUCAUCAGAUAUGCUAAAGUCCAGUCCAGCCCUCCCUCUUCUAUGGCAUUGAAGAGAAAAAGAUUACAUCUCAGUGGCCUGAGAGGAGCUUUAUGCAGCUAUUAAAAAAUAGCCAGAGAGAUCAAGUUCUAAACAGUAAAGUGUAAUUUCUGUUCUUGAUCAAGUGGUAAAAGGUUUUCCCACCUGGUUUUCCUCAUGAAAGCAAAUCACAGACUCACCAAGAGCAUGCAAUAUCAAACACAGGGUCAUUAGGGUUUACACACAGUUUCCUUCCUUGUAUUUGCUCUACAUUUUCCUUUUCCUUGCAGUAAGACUCUGUACAUAUUUUGUCUUUCUCCAGGUGAUCUGGCUGAUCUGAUUUUUGUGUUCUUUGAUCCAAUUGGGCAAGCUCUUUGCAAGAGAACUUUAAAUUUAGUUGGUAAGAAACCCACAUUUAAGUCAUUACUAUGUCUAUUUUUACUCUUCAGUUUUGUCUAUAAUUAAAUGACUUGUGUUUCAUGGUAGAAAAAAUGAAUGAGAAGCAAGGAGAUCGAAUCAGAUUUUUCUUGAGCAAAGCAGACACUGCAGGACAUGAAAGUGACAGGCAGGUAUGCCAAACUGAUGCAAUGAUGCAUGCAUUAUCCAAAAAAUAUAUGGAGGCUAUCUUGUGUUUUGAAAUAGAUUUUACUGAAGAGUUGCUUUUAAAUUGCUUUGCAAAGAAACAUGGCAAGUCAGUACAAUAUGGAUUUUAUUUCAUAGAAAUUAGCUUCCUUGUAGAUUCACCCCCAGGAGUGAUCAAAAAGGGAUUUCUCCUCACCAUAUCAACACGUUUUCAGGUAGAAAGUUGUGAAAAGAUAGAAAAAUGCCAAUCAGGGGUUAUUGUUUGAUUCAGCAUCAGAUUGUUGAAACUAAAGUUCUAAAAAAAAUAGUGUACAGCAUCUAAUAGAGAUAAUUGAUGGUUAAUUCUACUUUUUUUUUUUCUUUCUUUUUUUUAAAUUUCUUUUGUUUUUGAGUAGAAAGUGUUAAUGCAGAUAACACAGGAGCUUUGUAAAAGGCCAGGACUUAACAAAGCAGGAUUUGAGAUGCCGACUAUUUACAUUCCCUCGCUACUGGACAAGGUGAGGUGCAAACAAAUAUUCUAUGACAAACUCUGAAUUAAUUAACAUAUUAAGUGUUAACCUAGCAUUUCCCAUGGGAAACUUGUAUUAAAUUCACACCUUAAAAAUCACUAAAUAAUUUGUCUCUAAAUGAAAGAGAAAGAACCAUUACAACUUUGAUUGACUACAAAAUGCAUCUAGUGCAAUUCUCUGUGUAACAGUCUUGUCAAUCUAAAUGUUAGGGUAUUAUGACCACAUUUUCAUAGUUGAGAGAGUUCUUUAGCUAAAAUGUUACCUUAUCUUCUAUGAAUUACUGAAAAUUCACACUUCAAAAUUCCAGUCAUUACAGACACUGAAGCAAAACCUUAUUAUCAAAGUAUUGGUAUUUGUAUUUGUAUGGAUGCUAACAAAAUGUUGCAGAUAUGUAUCUACCUAUGCAACAAUUCAGUCCUAGAAUUUUGCAAGAAGUAGUAUAGUACUCCUUUUGCCUUGAAUUUCUUUGGUCUUUUUUAUUAUUUCUGUUAAUUCUUUUGUAGCCAGCUAAAUGUGCCAAUCAAAUAGAAGAAGUCUGUAAAGAAAUUGAAAAGACAAUUAACCAAACAAUACAAAACACCCUUAACACACUGGAAAAAGACUGUGAGAAAAUUGCGGACUUGGUGGAUGAAAAACUUAGUCUUGAUACGUGAGUAGCAAUAGCUAUCUUUUGCCACCAACAUGCAAAGAAAGAAUUUUGUUUGUACUUUCCACAAGACCUGCUUUAUUUUUUGCUCUGUUUUGGAUAUUCAGAUCCCUAUUUAGUAUUCCUUCUAAGAGAGAGAUUUACUACCUGGGCAUAAUAUUCAAUUUAGUGUCUAGAGGGAUCCAAGAGUGCAUUGAUUUUGCUUUACUUUGCUCUGUAAUUGAUCUUAAAAUCUUUUGGUACCCUUUUAACCAGGAUAAGAACCAACCAAGAUUAAAACCACCACAACUAAUGGUCACUCACAUUUUUCUGUGCUUUGUGUAUUUUGCUUGGUUUUUCUUAGAAUUAUCACAGGCCAUCUAGUUUUUUCUUUUGUUCUAACUGGUGGGUGGGAUUUCUUUGGUUUUGUUCACAAUCCACUCCAAAAUGACUGCUCUCAGAUAUAUUAUUACCAACCCUUUCACAAAACACGAGAUAAAAAGUUGCAAACUCUUCUUUGUUAUCUUUCUUUACAGGGAGGCUUGUUCACAUAAUAUCUGGGCAAGAUUGAAAGGUAUAUUUUUUGGUUUGUUGGGUGUUCUUCUCCCUUUUGUUUUAUUGGUUAACUUCCUAGCAAGUAGCAAUGCAAGAGAAACUCUGUAUGGACUGGUUGCAAAAGAAAGGGCAGAAAAACUCUUUAUUUACACUGUGAGUACUGUUUCUUUUUUUGUAGAAGUUACUUACAGAUAUUGAGCUUGGGAAAAUUAGGGGGCCUGGGUAUGAACUUUCCCUCAAUUAUAAGAUGUGUUGUGUAUUUUGUUUUUGUUGGCAUGGCCUCAGUAGUUUACAUGUAAUUUUCAAGUGAGACUUAAGUGACUUUAUGGUUUUCUUUCUCAUCCGCUUGGCUCCUCCUUGUAGCAAAGAGUAACUCCUUUUUUUACUUUAUUCAUCUUUGGCCUGGUGUGCUUAGUAUAGGGUACAUAAAGAGUAGUAACUGAUUAUAAAAAAAGAGCAAGUCAGGGACAAAAGGAGACAGUUUGAAAUUAUUCUUUUUGAAAUUAGGGGAGAGGCAAUGGCCUUAAUUCAUGUGUUCACACAGUAUAGACUGUCUAAAACAACAGAUUAAUGAGAUCUCCAAGUCAAAGCAUUUCUCUAAGUCAUAAUAAAAUUAUGAAAAAGGCUGAUGUGUGAAAUCUCUUUACUCUCAGGCACCUGUUGAAAAAAUGUGGCAGUCAAUCCCAGCUCAGCAUCAUAACCACACCCUCAUAGGAAUGCUUUUGUUCUCAGUUUUGCUGCUGAUUGUUGCAAAGCUUUUAUCCAGGUGGGUGUCAGUUGAAUUACCUGAAUUAUUGAAGCGCUGGAGUUGAUUAUUCCUUGCUGCAACCCUCGUGAAAGUGGAAGACCUGUUAGGAAUCUCACAUUUUAUGACAUAAAGGAAAGUUGAGAGUAUUAGAAGUAAGGGACUUCCUUGUACCAAAUGUGCUAAGUACAUAAUGAGAGACUAAAUUAAUUUGUAACAGGCGUGUUUUCAAUUUGGUUUUGUUUUACUCUCCAAUUCGUGUCAAUUGGAGAGAGAAACAAACAGGAGUGAUGGCUGUUUUCUGACAACUUCUUGUCCAAAAAUUUCUAUCUGCAUGUGUGUAUGACUCAAAUGUUAAAGUAAUUUUGUGCUUUACGUUUAGUUAUGUUUGUCUCCCUUCCUUUUGCUCCAGACUCAAACCAACACUUUCACGGAAACAGAAGAAGACAUUAUUGGAGCAAAGGUCAUACGUCCAAGGAUAUGUCAAAGGUCACAAGGUGGGUUAGAAAAAAAAGCAGGGAAAACAUAGCGGAAGAUAACUAACGGUGUUUUAUUUUCUAUUAAGAGAACUGGCACGAAAGUAGAAACCGUUAUUUGACCUGUGUGCAUCAUAUGCGAGACUUUAGAGAAUUAGUUUCCCUGACUGAAUACUGAAAUGUCUUUGUAAUUUCAGGAUCGGCUCUAUGGGGAAUACCUGCAGCAAAGUGUUGGUUCUCAUGAUUUUGAUUCUGUCAAGUUCUGAUCAGCCUCUUACUAAUCAUCAGAUGUGGAGACCUAACUAAUUUAAAUAUUAUAGCGAUCGUAAAAUACUCGUAAAUAAACUUUUACACGAAAAAAAAGACAGAAAUAUAAUGUUGACUCAAUGAUUCCAGAUUGGAACAAGGUAGUUUGGUAUUAUACUGAUACAUGUAACUUAAACUGGCCACCGUCUAGAGUUAAGACUACAAAACAGCUAUUACAAACGGUAUUCUUAAUUCCGCUCCUACCCGCCUCCUGUAGUGAACAUUAAGGAACAGGCUUUCUCUGACACACCUUCGUUAGAUAAUGAGCAAAUUUCCCUGGUACCCGAGCAACUCUUAUGGGGAUGUUUGCCCAUUACUAUAUUAAAGUAGAAUUAGAGCAAAUUCUGUAAUCGUGGAAUUAUUUUCCACAGCAUCCCUUUGGUUGAGUUUAACGCUACAUGUGGAUAUGGCCGUGUUUCCUCUUUUCUUUCUUGUCUCUUUUUACGUUCUUUCUCAGUUAGAAUGCAUUCUUACCUAGUUAGAGUGCGUUCUCUCUUUAGAAUGCAUUCUUUUGUUGUUAGAGUGUGUUCCCUUCGGUAAGAGUGCAUCUUUUAUAAAGACAUACAAGACCCUGCCCCACAAAAAUAUAGACAAAAUAUGGUCGAGGACUGGAUCAUGGUGACAUGCUCAUUAUA